AUUUUCUAAACCGGGACAAAGUCGGCCGUAUAAGUCUACAUAAGACAUAAAUGUCUUCUCCGGUUUAAGUCAAAACUGUGUGAUAAUGACAUAAGCCUUCUCCGGUUUAGCUCAUCACCGUUGACAAUUUCAAUCUUUGUUCCUCUUUUAUCCUCACUUUCUCAGAAGCUUCAGACACAACAGAACAUAUAAGACCUAGAGUCUCUCUGUUUCGCUUUUCAUAAAUCUUGAAGAAUAAAUGGAAAAAGCUUCAAACAGCAACAAGUCCACGAAAUUCUCGAAAAUGCUUCAAAGAGCGAUGUCAAUUGGUCACAGUGCGGCGCCGUUUAGUCCACGGAGAGAUUUUCAUCAGCACCGUACGACUUCGACGGCGAACAGAGGAAUCUUCUUCUCCAGUCCGUUGGUUCCUACGGCUGCUAGAGUUAGGAGAAAUACAAAAUACGAAGCCGUUUUUGCCGAACCCACUUCGCCUAAAGUCUCCUGCAUCGGUCAGGUCAAACUCGCUAGACCUAAAUGUCCGGAGAAGAAGAACAAAGCACCUAAGAAUCUCAAAACGGCAUCGUCUUUAUCGUCUUGUGUUAUUAAAGAAGAAGACAAUGGAAGCUUUUCGAAACUAAAGCGUAUCUUCUCAAUGAGAAGUUAUCCGUCGAGAAAAUCCAACUCCACUGCCUUCGCAGCCGCCGCAGCGAGAGAACAUCCAAUCGCGGAGGUUGAUGCGGUUACGGCAGCGCCUUCAUUGGGUGCAAUGAAGAAAUUCGCGAGCAGUAGAGAAGCUCUCGGUGGAUUUGAUUGGACGGUCCAGAUGAAACGUGAGAAAGAAGAUGUAAUGAUUCCAUGCUCUGUGGGUAUACCUCUAACUCAGCUAGAGGAUUUGAGUUUGUGUCCGAAGCCAAAGAGUGAAGUUAAUUUGUGGAAGAGAAGAACCAUGGAUCGACCAAAACCACUUCAAGUAAUUAAGUAAAAGCUCCUUCUUGAAUUUUCUUCGUUGCCUUUUCUAUGUCCAUUUGUUUUAUGUGUCGGAAUUUCGUGGCUGCCACGAUGCUACGUUACUACGUACUAAGUCUGAGUUUUGUGAAUAGACUGAAAAAGACAGAAAUAAUUCAACGUGUGAAUAGAUCAAAACGUUUUUUUCUUCUGUCUAGACUUUUCUAAAUAGCAUUUUUUGUCCGGAUAUGAUAACGAAAGAUUUGAGAUCCAGAUGCAUACUCUCUUACCUAACCAUCUCUAUGCAUACCAAAACCGGACACAAAAAUACCAAAU